GAUGAAGGGGAGAAGGUGCUGCUGCUGAAGCAGCUGACAGAGUUGGACGAUCUGCUCCGCCUCCAGUCCCAGCUGGUCGAGCUUGAGAGGCAGAAGGCCUGCCCAGACAACUUGGAGACGCAGCCCAUGGAGCAGCCGGUGGGCUUGGAGAAGAGCUUGGAGAAGAGCCUUGGCGGCGCAGCAGACGCUUG